AUGUUGCCCAAAUGCGAGCAGAUGCGACUGCCCGAAUUCCGCAAUAGACCUCACUUUUCAAGAGGCGCGGAACGGGUUUACGAGAAAACGUACUACUCGCAUGCCUCUCCAUCAGUAGUAUCACCGUUACACUACUACACUACACUUCCAUUUGGUACUCCUCCAGAUGAUAUCAUGGAGGAAUACUACCGACAGUCUUGGUGGAAACUCUCCGGCAGUCCACGAAAGGUUUCGCCCUUCUUGGGAGUCAUCAGAUACGUACCUCAUAAACGAGAUGUUCGGCUUGGACUCAGGAUCAGAGGAAUUCGACCCAGAGACAUAGUGAUUACACCUGGGUGGCAGUUGGUGGCAUGGUCCGAGAAAUGGUUGGCAGCGGGAAUGGACGCGUACCUACCCUACGUCAGGAGCUAUAGGCCGCCGGUCUCUGCUCAGCAUGGUCAGAACAGUCGACAGGCUUCAGUUUCUAUUGAAAAAAAAACGCUCCAUGUGGUUGACCAGCAUCCAUCAGCAGAGAGACGCCGUGAUGUUUUCGCAGAGUCCAUCGGAUAG